UAAGUAGUAAAGGUUAAUUAGUUAGCCGAGAAACUGGAUCAGGGGCGGGCAGUUAGAAUUUGAUCCAUAGACGGGUAACUCAAGCAAUCCCCAUUGUCACGGCAAUCAGACCUAUAUAAAUCCGUCUUAACGGACAGCAGCCACCACAUAACCUCAUCUCUCUGCUGGAUCGCCUACCUGGGAGAAAACCCCCUUAACACGGAAUAAAAUGUCGCUCUCAUCUAUCCUUUCUGCUGAUGCCAUCGACAGUGCUAUCAAGGACUGCCAAGCUCCAGACUCCUUCUGUGCUAAGAAGUUUUUCCAGAUGUGUGGCCUCACCAAGAAGAGCCCUCAGGAAAUAAAGAAAGUUUUUGGGAUCCUGGACAACGAUGCCAGUGGCUUUAUUGAGGAAGAAGAGCUCAAGUUUUUCCUCCAGAGGUUUUGUCCCGGGGCUCGUGUUCUGACAGAUAAGGAGACCAAGGCCUUCCUGAGUGCUGCUGAUGAUGAUAGCGACGGAAUGAUUGGAGCAGAUGAGUUCCAAGCCAUGGUCUUGUCCUAAACAGCUGGAUUCCAUCACUCCAUCUAGAUUUCCCCCCCCUGCCACCCUUAUCCAUCUGCUUCAGGGGCUUUUACUGUAGUCAACUUUUUUCCCGCUAGUUAGAUGAAACCUGAAUGGUCCAAAGACAUCUAUGUUCUUCUCUUAUUUUUAAAUAGCUUUCUUCUAGAUAGAGUCUAAAGCUGUAUUGUUCAAAUAAAUGUGCAAAUUAACAAAUUACAGAGAAAAAUAAAAGAAUAA